UCAACAGCUGCCGCACAGCCUGGCCCAAUUUCCAACCCGAAACGUCAAAUCCGUGCGUGCUUGGAGCAUGGCCCAGUCCCCGUCCACCGUGUGCGUUUUAACGGGCUGUGGAUCCCAGAGCGUGGGCCCCUUGGCUCACCUCACCCUCGAUCCGCAAGGCAAAAGCCCAGGGCGUCCCGACCCCGACCCCGGCCCGGCCCUUCAGCCCCACCACCGGGAUUUCAUUUUGGGCCGCAGUUUAAAUGCGGAUGUCCUGAUUCGUGACGUGCAAAUCUCCCGGCAACACGCCCUCAUUCAAGUCCGAUGGGGGGGCCCAGGCCCCGACCAAUGGUGGCUCCAAGACCCGGGCAGCAUCAAUGGCGUCUUCCUCAACGGCCGCCCCAUUCCGGUUCAGUCCUUUGUGCCGCUCCAACACGGCCAUCGGCUCAGUUUGGAGCCUAAACACGGCUAUCAAUGGCAGGUACACCUGCGUCCCGCCCCGCCACUCCCACUGGACCCGGCCUCGGCCCCACCCAUGAGUCGGUCCACCCCGGCCGCCCACCGCCUGCCCAGCCCUUCACGUGACGGUCCGGCGGCCAAACGUGCCAGACUGGCUGGCCGUGGGCCGGCCAGUCCGACCACUCGGCCCGCCCGGGCUCACGGUGAACCGGAACCCGAACCCGAUUCGAGUUCCCAACGUGAUUCCGAAAAACCCAAGAAUCCCGCACAAUUGGCAUGCCAAAACAGUGAAAGUCAGUUAUCAUCAGCGCAUGAACCCGAACCCGAACCCGAACCCGCUUCGAGUUCCCAACGUGAUUCGGAAAAACCCAAGAAUCCCGCUCAAUUGUCAUGCCAAAGCAGUGAAAGUCAGUUACCAUCAGCGCAGGAACCGGAACCCGAACCCGCUUCGAGUUCCCAACGUGAUUCGGAAAAACCCAAGAAUCCCGCUCAAUUGGCAUGCCAAAACAGUGAAAGUCAGUUAUCAUCAGCGCAGGAACCGGAACCUGGGCCUUCUCGGUCCGGCAUCGGCCCUCUAGAAACCCCCAGAAAUCCGGGUCAAUCGCAAAGUCAAGACGGGAAUCGAGGGAAGAUGCAUGAGCUGGAUCCCGGACCAUCGAGCAGUUUCAAGGCCAAAUUUAGUGAAGAAUUGAGUUGUACCAUUUGCAACGAGAUGUUCAUCCAGCCCAAAACAUUGCCUUGCGGCCACGUGUUUUGCGCGUUCUGCGUUCUGCAAUGGAAGAAGCGAUGUGGAUCGGCCAUGUCUUGUCCCAAUUGUCGGCAAAAGGUCGGCCGGGACAAGAUCACUCCCAAUGUGUACGUGGAAAACCUCAUCAACAACUUUAUUCAAGGCUAUGGGGACGAUAUGAAGGCUGAAAGGGAAAGGCAGAUGGCCGAACGAUCGGCGCAAGAGGAGGCUGCUGCUCGAGCUGACGCCGAACGAGAGAUGAAGCGAAAUCAAAAUAGCCGUGGUCGUCGAGGCCGAGGUCGCAGAGGGCGUGGUGCUUCCACGUCUCGGACCAUCCGUGACAUGUUUAGCCGAGUCAAUGCGCCCAAUCCAGGCGAUCAUCGCCUUCCACAACCAUCCAAUUCGAGUCAAAACCGCAGAGGUACCACAAUGUAUAGCACGAUUGAUGUGGAAAGCGAUUCGGACGAAGACGAUUCAGACGAUGACAUUCUCGCUCAUGCCAACGAAUCCGAUUCAAGUGAGGACCCUCUCUCCGAUAGCCCGGUACCCGGAGAUCCUAAUGCUCCCUACGGAGGUUACGGUUACUGCUACGGCUGUGGACGAACGGGUCAUUGGCUCCCUGGUUGUUUGGGCUUAUGAAAUGACGUGUGGCUUGGAGUGUGGUUUUUCUUUUAAGAAUAAUAAAGCGUUUUAUUCCUUGUUUCGCUGGAA